AUGGAAAACAUCGCCAACCAGUCCAAUCGCCUGGACGGACUUAUUGCAGCCGCAGGCAUCAAUCACGAGACCCAGGCUCUGGAGCAUAGCGCCGACGUGGCCAACCGUAUUAUGAGCAUUAACGUUACAGGAGUCUUCAUGACAGCGCAAGCAGCCGCUCGUCAAAUGGUUCGUCUCAAACAGCCAGGUAGCAUUUGCCUCAUCGCCAGCAUGAGUGGCACUAUCGCUAACAAGGGCAUGUACGCACCGGCAUACAACGCAUCGAAAGCGGCCGUCAUUCAGUUAUGCAGGAGUCUGGCGGCGGAAUGGGGCCAGCACGGCAUCAGGGUAAACUCCCUCUCGCCGGGCUAUAUUAUGACACAAAUGUUACAGAAUCUUUUCGACGACUUCCCCGAGCGCAAGGCCUUAUGGCCGACAGAAAACAUGCUCAACCGCCUGAGCCUGCCUCAUGAGUACCGCGGUGCCGCUGUGUUUCUGCUGAGUGAUGCCAGCAGUUUCAUGACGGGUAGUGACCUUCGCAUCGACGGAGGCCAUGCAGCUUGGUGA